CCACCAAUCUUUCUGCGUCAACCAGAUCAACAACCUCUCGUUCGACGGCAAGGGUAUCCCCUCGCCACUCAAAAAUCCACGAUGCGCGGAAAACGUAGCAAACAGUAUCGCAAGCUGAUGAACCAGUACCAAUUGACAUGGGGAUUCCGCGAACCGUACCAAUGCCUAGUCGACGCUGAAAUGGUUGUCGACUGCCACAACUUCAGAUACGACCUGCUCGCCGGACUGGAGCGCACACUGCACGGCAAGGUCAAGCCAAUGAUUACACAAUGCGAGAUCCGCAAGCUGUACCUGCGCAAGAACGAGCCCGACAUGAACAAAAUCAUCGACUUUGCAAAGACGCUCGAGCGAAGACGCUGCGGUCACUUGCCGGAGGACUACCCGGAGCCCCUGAGCACGAUGGAGUGCAUGAAGGCCGUCGUCGACCCCAAGAGCAACCUCGUCAACAAGCACCGCUACUGCGUCGCGAGCCAGUCGGGCGACGUGCGGCGCAUGCUCCGCGAGAUCCCCGGCGUCCCGCAAAUCUACAUUAAGCGAUCGGUCAUGAUCCUCGAGCCCAUGGCGACGGAGAGCGUGGCGAUCAGGACCAAGGAGGAGAAGAGCAAGUUCCGCGACGGCCUCGUCAGGCCCGAGAGGAAGAGGAAGCGCGAGGACGAGGACGACGAGGAGGAGAAUGGGAAAGAGGGCGGGGCUGCUGGGAAAGCCGGAGGUCAGGAGCAGCAGCAGAAGAAGGAUAAGAAGAGGGGACGCAAGGGACCGAACCCGUUGGCGGUCAAGAAGGCGAAGAAGGCCACGAACAGCAACGCGGCACCAAAGGAAGCGCGGGGUGCGGCGGCCGAUGGAGAUGAGGGAGAGGGUGAAGGCCCGGCGAAGAAGAAGCGCAGAAGACGAGGCAAGGGCCAGGCCGCUGGUGAUGCGGACUCGACGAGCGGGCCGGCAAACCAGGCACAGGGCGAGGCGUCGACUGAGCAAGCGGCGGAAAGCUCGUAGGGAUUCGAUAUUGCAUACCAAAAGGGCGUUUGGGUGGGGACUAAAAUGAUUGGAAUGUAAGGUACAACAAAAGCUCUGAGAUACCAAUUAAUGGGAAAUUCUUGCCAUAGCGAGAUACG